AUGGUAGGCUGGUCUUUGAGCACGAUUUUAACAGGAAAAUUCAUGAAAAUAUGGAGAAUGGAAGGAUUCAUAAGGACUUUGGAAAGAGGAAGAGCAGUAAGAUUUAAGAGCAUCGAAGAUGUGGCUGGUGCAAGAGAUGUUGCAAAGUGUGUGGGGCAGGAUCCUUAUGGAAAUAGAUAUUAUCAAGACUUCAAUGCAGACGAUUUUAAUGAAUCUCAUAAUGGAGAACGCUGGGUGGAGUUUGUUGAUAGGCAUGAUAUGUGACAAAAAGGAGAUAGGAUUCCACCUGAAUGGCAUGCAUGACUUCAUAAAAUGGUAGAUGAGCCACCUACAGCAGAGAGCACUCAUUUUUAUACACCAUUUUUUAAAAAAAAGCACAGGACUUGUCCUUCAGGAACUCCAGCAGAAGUUGUUCCUCAUGGACACUGGAAUAAUCCACAUGCUAAACAAUUUCAAAAGCAUGUUAAAAGCGUUUUGUGCACAACUUGGGAGCCAGAACACAGAGAAAAAAGAUAUGAUUAA